AUGUACAGUACACUGAGGCAGCGCAUGGAAUCACAAUGUGCAUGCCCCUGCUUAUCGCUUGACAAACGUAAUCCGUGUCUCGUCGACGACUCGGUUUGUGCGAGUGGUGAGCACAAUCUCUCGGUUCAGGGGUGCGUCCCUCCAGUACUUGAGCCGCCUUCCCCUGUUGCCCGUCAAAAUGUACGGCACGUGAUACUCACGCUGCAUCAACUCGCCGUCAAUUAG